AUGUCGUUCAUAAAUGAUUAUUGUAAAUAGAUAAUAAGACCUCCCAGAAGAACUUACUCAACCCAACUUCUAGGCCCCAAAAUGCGUUUCAUAAAAAAUGUUCCAAUAAUCAGAGAAGAUUUUGAAUUUACCUCAAGAUAACUAAAACUUCAAGCCAGUUACUUUGUAUAGGAAUCUGUUCAUCAUCGUUGUUUGAUAUAUCUCCACUGCAAUGCUAGUUGUAGAUUAGAGGGAUUGCAAUAUGUGGAUAGAUUGUUAGCUGCUGGAGUCAAUCUAUGCAUUUUUGAUUUUGCUGGGUGUGGUUUGUCAGAUGGAAAAUACAUUACCAUGGGAACCUAUGAAAGUGUAGAUGUUAAAGAACUCAUGAACUACAUAGAGUGUCGGUUUGGUAAAGUGGACGAGUUUAUUUUAUGGGGGAGAAGCAUGGGAGCUGUCACAGCACUCAUGUUGUCCCAAGAUCCCAGAAUUACCACCUACAUUGCUGAUAGUGCAUUCACUUAAUUAAGAACUGUUAUUGAGGAGUUGGGUUAACAAAAAUUUGGAUGCUUCUCAUUUAUGAUCAACGGUUUUAUGCCAUUUCUUAGAAGCAAGAUAAUCAAUGAGGCUUAAUUUGACAUUGAUCAAGUCUCUCCACUUAACUGUAUUGGCAUCUAGAGUAAUAAAAAACGAUUCUACUUCCUUGCUGGGAAAACUGAUCAACUGGUUCAUCCAAGACAUUCACAAAUACUCUACGAAAACUGUAAAUCCUAUAAGAGAAUUGAGUUAUGUGAUGGAAAUCACAAUACAACCAGACAAAUUGAAACACUAGACAAAAUCUCCAAUUUUAUCAACCUAUUACAAUUAGACUCACCAUUAAAUGUCGAUUAUGCUAAAAAGUGCUCAAAGUAUUUUUAGGAAGCCCAACAAUCCCUAAACAGCUAUAGAAUGUAAUAAUAAGAGUAAGAAGACAAUCUAAAAGAAUAUGUGAAAUAAUUAGAAAGAAAAAGUGUAUUAAAAUCAUAUUAAUAAUAAUCAAGGGACCUUUCAGAUUUAGAAAAAUAUUUAGAAUGA